GAAAUCCUUAGGGAUGGCUUCCAUUUUUCAGCUGAGCUCUAGUCAUUGCGAUGCUCGGAUAAUGGACAAAUCAGUUAUGCGAAUGCUUCAAUUGCUGCUUGAGAAUUGAAUGUCAGUGGACUUAGGGAUUUCCUUCGCUGGUUUCAGGGUAAGCGAGUUAGAAGAAAACGAACAGAGGAAGGAGAGGAACCAUAAUUAAUGGAGUCUCAGUCCCAGACUCAGAAUACUUCCUUGCACCGUCUUCAGAAUGUGGAGAAGACUGUUGUCAAGGUUUUGGAGCUGGCUGGAGGAGUGAUGGAUGAACUGGCGAAUCCCAUGGGACCCAGGAAGGAAUUCAUCAAUAACCAUUGCCGCGAGUUCAUGCAAAUGAUCAAGGACAUCCAGUUUACUUUGCGCAAUGAAAUCAAAAGCACGUGUGAGUACCGUCCUUUUGAGAAGUGUGACUACAGCUCGAGGAUAUCAAACGAAAUCUGCUUCGACAAGUUGGAGUACCUUACUUCCCUUCUGAAUGGCUUGGAAGAAUCCAUUGACCAGUAUCAUGCUGCUGAUGCUGCUGCUGCAACCGCGAUGUUCCCUCCGAUUGAUUCAUGACAGUGAUGCAUCACCAUUCUCCCCUUAGCUUACCAGCCAGCCUCGUGAGUGUUCGAUUUCCUUGUGUUCCGUUGCAGCCAUUUGGACCAUAGAGCACGUCGCAAAGUCUGAACUUCA